CAGGGCCCUUUAUGCCUCGUGCGGCCAUGUCUUCUUCCGUUUUCUUCAUGAAAUCGGGGCUCUAUCCCCAUUUUACCCGUGUACAAACCCCUCCCUCCUCCCCCUCCCCCGGUCUUCCCUAUGAAAUUUACUAUAGACUGGGAAAAAAUAAUCAACGACGACGAAGACCCUCCGGCGGAGCUUGUGGUUACAUCCGCCAUGGACGGAGAGGAGCACAAAGAAGUACUUUCCAACUUAUCAAAUACCGAAUUGACCGAAAAAAUUAGGAGGCUUAAAAGGUCUCUGUCCGGCACCAUUGGUGCUAGGUUACGCGAUGGAGGUGAAAAGCUUAGGGCAAAUAUCAAACUGCACGAGGGUGAAUUAGAACGACGGCAGCAGGUCGGUUCCCAAAAGCAGGCAGAUUCUAAGACAGUCAAUGCUUUCAAAAAAGAAAUAUACGCUCUGAAUCCCUGUGACCACAAAAGGACAUUAAACAGGCAGUUUUCACAAAGAAAAUGCAAGCGAGAGUUGUUGUCACAGGAAGAACCUUAUAAGUUUCCUGUAGACAAAGGUGAAACCGUUUUAAAUAUUGAUCUAAAGGGAAGGGACUCUUCUACUCCUUGUUAUUCUGAAGAAAAAAUUGCCAGCUGUUUCUCGAAGAAGACUAAAGCCUCUCAAGCCCAAUCUUCACAUACUAAAAGGCAUGCAUAUGGGGAGGCUGUUGUUCUAGUGGAUGAGGAGGAACCUGAUGCAAAUAAAGCGGAAGAGCGAGUGGACGAAGUUGUUGAAUGCAGAAAUGCAACCAAGAUCUACUAUCCUUCACGGGUUGAUCCUGAAUCAGUUGAAAUUUGUUGUUCGGACAUGGAAUCUCUUGCACCUGAAGCAUAUUUAUCAUCGACUAUAAUGAAUUUCUACAUCCGGUACCUCCAGAAGAAAAAAGCUCAUGCAGAUGUAGAUGAGUAUCACUUUUUCAAUACAUAUUUCUACAAGAAGCUCAAAGAGGCUGUACUGAGCAAGCAGAAUGAAAAGGAAGCUUCAUUUUUCAAACUAAGAAGGUGGUGGAAAGGGGUGAAUAUAUUUGAGAAAGCCUAUAUAUUUCUUCCCAUACAUGAAGAUCUUCAUUGGAGCUUGGUUAUAAUUUGCAUACCGGAUAAAGAAGACCAACUGGGGCCAAUUUUACUUCACUUGGAUUCAUUAGGGCUCCACUGUAGCAAGUCCCUUUUUGGUACCAUAAGAAAAUUUUUGGAACAAGAAUGGAAAUUCUUGAGACAAGGAGAAGUGCCAGCUCUUCCUUUUUCAGACAAAAUAUGGGAAAAUCUUCCACGAAGAAUAGAUGAAAACGUCAUUACGGUACCACAACAAAGAAAUGAGUAUGACUGCGGUCUCUUUGUUCUUUUCUUUAUGGAGCGUUUCAUGGAAGAAGUUCAUGGAAGGCUUAAAAAGAAGGAUUUCGUGAUGUUUGGACGAAGGUGGUUCAAACCUGAAGAAGCAUCUCGUUUGAGGAUGAAAAUCCACAACAUACUCGAGGAAGAAUUCAAGAAUGCAAGUGAGGAUUGAUAUUUUUGGGAUCCCUACUCUUCACAAGUAGUUGCUUCUGUUUAAAGCAUUUCAGUAACAGAUUUUUGGCAUAGACAAGGAACUGUUAAUUACCAAAGGUCAUGAAAUGCUGCCUUGUUAGCUGCAAAAGGUUGAUACUGUCGUCAGUCACAUAAUUAGGGGUUCUGGAAUUGCGGUCUGUAUUCUCUGUACAUCGAGGUUUCUCACCAAAAUCUGGGAAGGAGAAGUAUAGCCUUCCCUGUGGGGGGAAGGUACAUUGUGUAGAAAUCAUAUUGAGCAUCCACCAUAAACAAGCAGAGAAUUUAGAACUGAUAUUGACCUUCAGCUGGGAAGGAGAGUCAAAUGGUUCAUGCCUGGUAUUGAUCUUUUGUGGUGUUGGUAUAGGCAAGGACUGGACAAAGCAAGAAAUAGCUGGUGGUGGUAUGAAGAGAAAGGAACUCAAGAUGUUUUAAAGAGAAGUAAAACCACUCGAGGAUUAAGUUAGAUUAGCUGAAGCGAGUGACCCCUAAAACCAGAAGCUGCAACAAAGUACAUCUAAUUAAUGUAAGCUCUCUGGAUCAGUUUUGUUUUACUUGUACCAACUCAAAACAGUCUCACAUGGUUCAUGUAAUUUUGCAUUGAAUGAAACAGAAGAAAAAGAACGUCAAAGCUUCAGCCGAAUGAGUCAACAGAUUCUGUUGGAUCAUGCAGCAACUUUUACUGCUUUGUUUUCCUCGCUUGAUAUAUAUUGAAUGAGCCAAUUCAUUUGGGAUA